AUGACCGUCAAUGUCUCCACGAUUCUCGUCCCAAAAUCCAAUUGGCGCAGGGCUUGCACGAAUCAGGUGAUCUCGCUAUCUAGGCACAUCACGGGAUUCGAAGUUCCCACGACAUUCCGCCGGUCACUCAUGAAAAAUCUCGACCGCAACAACGACAAGCAGCACGGCCUCGACCGAUUACUGAAAGCAAGUGCAAGUGCGAUAAUUCUGCACCAGCUGCUUCGAAAGGUCCAGUGA